AUGAAUGCUUCAAAUCCGCCUGAUAUAUCCAAGAUCAGGCAGAUUUUGGAGGAUCCAGAAGCUUUCAAUCUGUCAAUAGAUUAUCAGCAAAUGAGAGAAGUUCUAAAUGAGCUUUUUCAACAGACAGAUUCAAAUAAUAAAUAUAUUCAAACAUGGCAAUCAAUGCAAACACAAUUUCUGAAACCACAAGAGCUCAAACCUCUACAAGAUAGCAUUGAAAAAACACAACAAAUGUUAUCACAACAAGCAAAUGAUUUUGGAACGGAAAUACGUGAAGUUAGAGCAUUCUUUACAUAUCAAAUCAAAGAUUUACGAUCAAAAGUCGACGAAAAUAUGGCUACUGUCGUUUCAGAAUUAUCAAAACCUGUUACACCAGCAGCAACUACACCUGUUGUUGUAGAAUCAGGUCAAGUUCCUAUUGCAGACCAAACUCUUCGUUCUGAUUUUGAAAUUUUAAAGGAAAGAUUCGAAAAUUUACUUGAAACUCUUCAAAAUCCACCUCAAGUCGAAGAAGAAGAUUACGAAGAAGACGAAAACGAAAAAGCAGAGGAGGAAAGAACGAAAGAAGAGCCUCCAAAACAAGAAGAAGCCAGACCUUCUUCAGUUCGUCUUGAAUCUGAAAGACCUCCUCCAAUUACAAUCGAACAGAAGCCUCCUGUUGAAGUGGUACCACCAGAAACCAUAUCUAAGCCUCCUUCUACACCUUUAACUCCAUCAUCUCAAGCAGAUACAGGAACUCCAAAGCCAAAGAAAGAUCAUUCAUCAGUGAACAGAGCAUAUGAAUUUGCUAUCAAUGAUUUAAAGGUUCAAGUCAAAAAACUUCUAGAAAAAACAGGAAAUCUCGAAGAACAAAAUUCUCAAACAACACCAACAGUUAAGCAGUUGAAAGAUAGUGUAGAUGGUAUGACUCCAGAAUUAGCUAAAUUAAAAACAGAUGUUGUGUUGUUAAAAGAUGAUUUCUCAAGAUUAUCAGAAGGAAACAGCGAAUCUCUUCAAAAUAUGAUGAGAGAGAUGAACAAAGCAACUCCAGUACAAAUAUCCGCACCGAAAGAAGGAGUUUCAAGCGAAGAAUUGCAAAAACAAAUUAAAGAAAUGAAAAUUCAAUAUGCGCAGCAAAUAGCGAAGAUUGAGACUACUUUAGCUGAUGAAUUGAAGAAAUUCAAAGCAGAUAUUCAAAAUAUUAAACAAAACAAUUCAAAUUUCGAGAAGAAUUUUGAAGAUUUUAAGAAUACAAUUCCGAAAGAGCCAACAAUAAUCUAUAAAGAGAAAACACCACCUCCAACUCCAAAAGUUGAAGCUCCAACCCCUGAAACUCCAAAAACUCCAAAAUCUGAAAAUAAGGUUAUGAAAGAUUCCCCUAAAGCUCCAGAAAGUUUGGACAUUGAGAUGAUUCCACCCAAAGAAUUUGCUGAAAAGGUCACCCAAACCAUUUACGACCUUCCUCAAAUCGUAUACGUACAUAAUGACUCUCAAACACCUCAAAUUCCCAAUCAAAUGAUCACAACAAUAUUGGAAGACAGAGCUCCUGUUGUUGUUCAGCCAAAAGUUGAAGAAAAAGUCGAAAUUAAACCCAAAGAAAUUCCAAAACUGGAAUUAACAGCGAAACCACCACCAAAACUUGUUAAAGAAGAAGAACCAAAGCCAUUACCAGAACCAAAAGUUGUUGAAAAAGCUUUCACGAGGUUGGAUGUCGUUGAAAAUUUAAGUUUUUCAUAUGAAAACAUCGAAAAAAGUGAAGAAAUCGAAAAUCUCGAGAAUCAAAACAAGAAAAACGAAGAACUGAUCAAAGACUUAUACGAUCAGAUUGAUCACAUUACACAUGCAACAAAAGAGAUCAUAAAUACAGAUAAAUACAAUGAUACACCACUUUUAAACAUGAUGGAUUCACAUCAGAGCCAAAUCAACAAAACAAAGAACGAAAUUGACCAAUUAAAGAUCAAAUUAAUGGAGAUCUCCAACCAGGCGAAUAAACAAGAUCAGAAUAUAACAGAUCUCCAUUCAGCAACUGAUUCUAUCCAAAGUGAAGUGGAUUUGUUGAAAGGUGAUGUUGAAAAUAAUUCAAAGAAUUUCUUAAAUUUACAAAAAGUGACACAAAAUCAAAUGAAUGAUUUUAUUAAUCAAGUCACGCAACAGAAGAAGCCAAUACUCGCACCUGUUAAGUUUUCUUCUUUGUAUGUUGCUCCAUUACCUCUUUCUACAAUUAUACAACAAACACAGCCCCAAAAAGUUGUUUCUUCAAAACCGAAACCUAAAAAACAAAAACAACAAAAACAUGUUGAAAAAGAAACACCUCAAGUUGUAGAAAAGGCAAGAGAGCCACCUAUAGUAAUACCAGAACUCAAGAUCAAAGAGAAAACUAAAGAAAUCAAACCAGUUGAAGAAGAAGAAGAAGAAACAGGAGAAGAAUUUCAAUACGAAAAAUUCCCAUCUUCUGCAGGAAAUUUGCCUUCAUCUAAACAAAGUGCAAAGUCUUCUGCAAAGUCAAUAAAGAAGUCACCAUUAGAGGAUGAUAAAGUAGAGCCAUCUUCUACAAAACUUUCAAGAAGAAGCUCAAAGAAAUCAGUUCAAAAUUCAGCAAAAAGUGUCAAAGAUUCUGCAAAAAGUGUCAAAGAAUCAGCCAAAUCAAUUAAAGAUUCUUCGAAGAGUUUAUUGAGUUCUGCUAAGAAUGGUGAUGCCAAGAGCUCGAGUCACAGGUUAUCCAGCCAUAGAUCAAGCCACAGAAGCUCAGAAAGAAUCUCAGCGAGUGGAUCAAGUCAUAGAUCACAAGAAACAUUUAGAUCUAAAAACGGCGAAGAAGAAGAAAGACCAAAUACACCAAUAACUCCUGAAAUACAUCCGAAAUCUUCUCAUUCUUCACUUCAUACUGGAGAGACAUCGAAAUCCAUCAUUUUCGAUUCAGAAAACGCUUCUUCAGAAUACAAUGAUUACUAUGAAGAAGAAGAUGUUUACGACCAACCAAUAAAUGAAGAAGAAGAAAUGGAAAAUGAAGAAGAAGACACUGUAAAAAGUGACAAACAAAUGACACGUCAAAUUGAGAAUAUGCAAAGUGACAUUGUUCAUCAAAGAGAUCAAAUAAGAACACUUAGAAAUGCAAUUGUUGAGAUCAGAAACCAUAUUACUGAUAUCGCAAGACAAGUGCAUGAUAAUGACGAGAGAUUUACUUUGCCAUCAUUUGACCAAGCUUUGAAUCAAUCCACAGAAAAACUGCAGUUGCAAAAUGAAGACAACAUGAGAUCUGUUAAGAAGAGAAUCGAACAGAACAAUAAACAAUUCAGCCAGGAAUUGCUCAGCCUCAAACAAGAAUUAUUUGAUAUGAAGAAGACUGUUAAUGAUCUCAGCAAAAGCCAGAAAACAAUUAUUGCAAAAGCUUUGGCAGGAGGCGGAAGAAUCUCAAAGAAUCAGUCUUUAUUCAUCCGUUCCUUGCAGCCAAACAACGAACAAACAGGACCACAAACUAAUGAACAAGUUCCAGUAAAUCCAGCUGUAAAAGCUAAGAAACCAGCAAUAGAAUACCAAGAACCUCCUUCUCUUCUAAAAAUAACUUCAUUGAAAUUACCAUCAUUGAACCAAGACAAAACAGAAAAGCCACCAAUAAUUUCACCUGUUGAUUCAGGAAGAAGUUCAUCAACAGCACCAGCGAAUUCUCCAAGACAAAGUUCGCUCCAGAAUCCUCCUAAAUCUCCGAAACAAACUCCACAACAAAAUGUACAACAACAAAAGGAAGUUCAAAGUCAAAGAAGCGAAGGUUUGUUGCCUCCUAUGACAUUUAAUGAGACAAAUACAUCGAAUACAAUUAAUUAUGACAAGAAAGUAUCAUUCACAAGUGUUGUUCCUCAAACUGUACAAGACAUGACAGUGUUAAACGUUCCAAGUAACAUUGAUAAAGAAGUUUUACAAUUGAUUAUGGAUGUAAGGACACAAAUGCAGUUGCAAGUCGACCAAAACACAACGAGAUUGAAUGAUUUGGAGACUAGAGCAGACAAUUUCGUUGAUAAGGAGUAUGUCAGCAAAUUUUACACAAAGAUGAGAAUUGUUAUUACUGAAACUCACGACCAAGUUGAACAAAUCAAACAAACACAACCAGAUAGAGUUACAAAAGAAGAAUUACGCAAAGCAAUGGAAGAAUUGUAUGGAAUUCUGGCUAAGGAUGAGUCUACAAGCGGUGGAACACAAAGCUACAGAUGCUUGCUUUGUGGAAGACCAAAGUCAGGUAUUAGUGGUAUGAUUACUGAUAAAGCAGUCGCAGAAAGUCUUGGAGAUCCAACACAAUCUGUAAUUGCGGGUGGAGGAGGACAGAAAACAUCAAUUAUUUACGGUCCUAAUGGACAGAUGUAUAAAGGUAGAGGUAAUUUCGGUAGAACAACUAUAGCAAAAGUUGAUGAUAAGAAGAAACCAAGUAUGUAA